AUGUCAGACUUAUCAUUUGCACAAACUUAUAUCUUAGCAUCAAGAGUAAGAUCAAAAUUAACCAAAGAAGCAAAUUCCCCCAAAGCUUCUUUGAGAAAUUUAGUUGUUCAAGCAAAUAUGUUGGAUAAUAUUAUGGAUUAUAUUCAUGAUGAAACUGAAAAGAGAACAACCAUCACCAAACAAGCACCAAAAGAUCAUGUUAGUUUUAAUGUCCCAAUCAAACCUACUCGUCAUGAAUACAAGACUUCAAUAGUGGAAUAUGAACUUGAUGAAGAAUCUGAUUCAGACGAAGAAAUUGCUGUUGAAGAAUAUGCUCCAAUGUAUUAUUAUUCUCAGCGCGAAGCUGAUUCAGAAGAAGAAGAAGAAGAAGAUGAGGAAUGGGAAGAUGAAUAUUCAAGUAGUUCAGAUUCUGAUGAUUAUUAUUAUUCAGACGAAGAAGAAGACCAAGAAGUACAACCAAUCCAAGAAGCUCAAGCUAAUUUCACUCCAAGAACAUUACCUGGUCCUUCAUUUAGACAACUACCAGUUAUGAAUCUUCAUUCUAUUGAAGAAAAUGAAGAGGAAGAUGAAGAAUAUUCAAGUGAUUCAGAAGAAGAUGAAGAGGACGAAGAAAGUAUAACAUCAUUACCAGAAUUAACAUAUGCUAGUUCAUUAUCAGAUGAUGAAGUUGAAGAACAUGAAGAAUUGCAUGAAGAAACACUGGUAAUAGAAGAACAAGAACAUGAAUUCUUCAUUAAAUCUCAUGGUAAAGAAAAGUAUCCAAAAUUAGUACAUCAUAAUGAAGAAGCUGCUAAUAUGAUAAUAACACAUCAAACUACUCAAAUAUCAUUGGAACAUGUAUUCUAG